AUGGGCGCCUUAAAGGGCUCCACCGAUGAGCCUAGGGUUAGCCCCGGCCGGCAAAACCGUCGGAAACGGAUGUCAUCAACGGAUGCGAAGAAAGACGGGCGAAAGAAAGCCAAGGUUGAUGGUGAUACAGAGACUUUGGAGGUAAACAAUUUAGGGAUUAGUUGGUUUGCUCCAUUUACUGUUUUAAGCACGAGCUCUAUUAGCUCUUUUAGAAGCUUGAGAGAAACUCUUAGAGUUGACAAUCUAGUCAGUACUGAUCAGUUCCAUUUUACUCGUAAGAGUCAACGGGCUAUAGGUCAAGAGUCUUCUAGGGUUGUUGAGAAUGAGUUACCUGGGUUGGUCUGCAACGACCUUUGUAAUGGAAAAGAAAACAUAUGCAUCCCUGUUACCAAUGAAGUUGAUGUCCCUCCUGUAGCUCCCGAAAAGUUUGAGUAUCUCAGCUCCAUUGAAGUAGCAAAAAAUUUGGUCAUUCCGGCGAGUGCUGAGGGAUGUAAUUGCAAAGGGAAGUGUACUAAUACGAGGACUUGUUCGUGUGCUAGCCUCAAUGGAUCUGACUUUCCUUAUGUUCGGAAAGCCGGUGGCGGCAGAUUGUUUGAGCCUAAGGCUGUUGUUUUCGAGUGUGGUCCGAACUGUGGCUGCGGGCCCAAGUGUGUGAACCGCACUUCUCAGCAGGGAUUGAAGUACAGGCUUGAGGUUUAUAAGACACCCGACAAAGGCUGGGCUGUUAGGUCUUGGGAUUUUAUUCCCUCUGGUGGUUAUGUUUGCGAGUAUACUGGUGUUCUGAUGAAGACCAGUGAACUGGACAAUGUCUCCGUGAAUGAUUACUUUUUUGAAAUUGAUUGUGAGCAUACAAUGAAUGGGAUUGGAGUGAGGGAGAAGCGCCUGGGUGAAGUGCCCAUUCCAAAUGGUCUUGGUGCUAGCGAAGAUGGAGGUGGCAAGUUAUUAGAAGAAAGUGACCCUGACUAUUGUAUAGAUGCUGGAUCCAGAGGGAAUGUUGCUAGGUUUAUUAACCAUAGUUGUGAGCCGAAUCUGUUUGUGCAGUGUGUCUUGAGUUCUCACCAUGAUGUUAAACUAGCUAGAAUUGUGUUGUUUGCUUCCGAUGACAUACCUCCUAUGCAAGAGCUGACUUAUGACUAUGGCUAUGAGCUUGAUAGUGUCGUUGGUGCUGAUGGAAAAGUGAAAGAGUUGGCUUGUCAUUGUGGUACAGCGGACUGUCGGAAGCGUUUGUACUAG